AAACAGUAAAAUGAUUCGCCUUCAGUCCAUUACUAGCUAAAAUUAAAUGUAAAUAUUAGAGAUUGUUAAAUGAGAGCGUAAUAACAUCCACGCUUUCCUUUUCGAACCACCUAAUACCAGAUGUAUUGUCGAGCCAAACAAAGGACAUCAACCCUUGGCUUUACGGCUUUUUGAGUGACGUCAUGUGGUGGAUGCAGAGACGAAAGAGGAAGCGAGACACCCCACUCGCUGUUUCCCCCCCCCAGCUUUUUUCUAGUUCAAUGAAAGUCAACUAACUAAGUAGACCCAGUUGAUAUUGCAUUGAUUUCUAAGGGAGACACACCCAGUUAAGUACACCGAAACUUUCAAUUCUAAAAGGCCUGCGUGAACUAUCUUAAUUUAUCCACCAUCUUUGGUGGAAGUCUUAAACAAGUCUGCUAACGUUACUAGCUAGCGGUCACUCUACUGUGUGACUAACUAUACUGUAGCUAGCUAGAUACAUUUUUAAAACCAUUAUCUAACUGGGUCGGAGUUAAGAAACUAGUAGUACACCCAAUAAUUUCAAAGACGCUACCGGUAGCUAGCUAAGGUAUAGAGAUAACCAGAUAAGUAUUCAGUACUAAUAAAUUAUACCGUACCAUACUCAGAAGAUAGCCAGAUAGCUAGUUAGCUAACAUAGCAUAGAUGGCUAACAAACAGCCUGGGUUUUAAAUGCUCCCCAGAGUUGUUAGUAUAUAGGCUAAUGAUAAAUUGCAAGCCAUCUAGCUACCUUUACCUAGUUGCGCUAAUAGCUAAUUCCUUAAGUAAAGUAAGUUAACUAGCUAAAUUAGCUAGCUAACUGAGCCAGGAAGGACGACAUUCACAGGUAAAUUAGAAAACAUGGACAAUACAUCACCAGGAACAUCAUCAGGUGGAUCCAGUAAGGGUGGUUUCAGCAUAUUUGGUGGAGCAUCGCCUGAAUAUUCAAACGUUGAACUCGCCGGUGUUCCAUGUAAAUUAUUUCUCAAUUCAAUCCGAGCUAUUUGUUGUGGCCAAGAGCAUCAACUGACUAUAGUCUGUGUGUUUUUCUCAUACGCAGUGACUGGGAUGAGCCCCCUCUCGCCAUAUCUCAAUGUGGAUCCAAGAUAUCUUACACAUGACCCUGAUGAUUUCAUUUUACCGACGGGUGCCAACAAAGUCAGAGGCCGAUUUGAACUGGCUUUCUUCACCAUCGGAGGCUGUUGUAUUACAGGUGCUGCGUUUGGAGCUCUCAACGGGCUCCGCAUGGGAUUAUCAGAGACCAAAGACAUGGCUUGGUCUAAACCACGCAAUGUACAGAUCCUAAAUCUGGUGACCCGCCAAGGAGCAACAUGGGCGAACACACUCGGCUCACUGGCUUUGUUGUACAGUGUGUUUGGGGUGGCCAUCGAGAAGGCCCGGGGAGCAGAGGAUGACAUCAACACUGUUGCUGCUGGGACUAUGACAGGCAUGCUGUACAAGUCCACAGGGGGUGUACGUGGGGCAGCGCGAGGGGGCCUGGCCGGCCUGGCUCUGUCAGGUCUCUAUGCUCUAUACAACAACUGGGACCACCUGAAGGGAAACCCUCCCACCCGCUACUGAGCCCUGCACUGCUGGAACACUGGAGGACGGACCAGUCAAAAACAUUUCCCAAAAGAUAUCCUGAUGUCCUGUCCCUGAGUGGGUACCUGAGUUAGGCCCCUAGGUUUGCAUUAAAGGGUGGCCAGAGGUCUGGAAGAUGUCAAGUGUUAGACCGCAUUUAUGCUGUAACGCACAUCAAUGCUGCACAUUCUGAUAUGUAUCAUACUUUGUUGCUGCUGUGAGGAUUCAUUGCUGUGAAUAUCUUAUCAAAUGCCUAUGCACAGCUUUUCCCUGAAUUGCACUGUCUGUAAAUUUCACUUUGAAUGAGUGUUAUUGACUGACUUGAAUGUUGUUGCUAAGAUUGAAUGCUGUCUUACUGAAGUGAGGUGGAGUUGCGUCCUAUGGAUGUCUACAUAAGUAUCUCAUUCCACAACUUUGCAUGUGGUAGUUCUCAAAUGUUUGCUUUAUGAUUCCAAGAGAACAUUACUGUUAAUGUUAUUCCAGAGACGCCAUGGGUUGGGUUAAGGGAACUUAUACCAAUAUCCUGCUUUCUAUAACCCCAUUUUUGCUUUUCAUCCAAAUAAGCAAUACAAUAAGUAGUCAGAAAUAAUGAAUGUAUCUAUGCACUUGUGCAAAUAAAGAGAUUACAAUUAAUUGCA